UUUUUUUUCUUAUUAUUCUGCCAAUUAACCGAAUUGUGAGAAUUUGAAGAAAUUAUAGAUAUAAAAGUUCUUUUUUCGAUGCUGUGUAUUUAGAGGUAUUCGUAUCAGUGAUAUCGUUGGCUUAAAUGACCAAAAACCGAAUUUGCGAAGCAAGAGGCAACAACUUGCUCGGGGGGUUGCGCCGUUACUGUCCCAUACGUUGCACACUGUUUUUAUGCUUAUUAUAUUUAUGUGUACUAUAAACUAGCUUAACGAUACAGUUGAGUGUCAAUACUUGUCAUUGUCAGUUUUAAAUAAUAUAUAUAACAAAGAGUGUACUAUAGAUUUAAUACUUUGUGCCGUGAAUUUAAAAAUUAAUAUUAUUGAAUAUAAAGAACGAUGAGCAGCAAACGAACAAAUGAUGUGCUAAGAACAGAGAAAUUGGAUAAUGCUAGUUCCGGUUCUACAUGUAAUUCAAAACAGAAUACUGAUCCUGAAAUAGAUACAGAAUGUACUAAAGGGAUGACAUUUCGCGACUUGCAGGUCGAUGAACGAUUCAAAAAGCUAGAACGUGUCCUUAAAUUGUCUCUCUUGAAUAAAAUUGAUGGAAAAAAGAUGGAUAGACGAAGUGGAUUCCCUAUGCCUGCAUGGUCAAUUUCCAGUAUUAAUUCAAUGGAUCUAAGUUCCACAGCACAGUCUCUUAACACGUCUUGCAUGUGUAGUGAAGUUGUGACCUCUAGUAAGAAUCUCAAAAAGACUUUACCUAAUAGCAAGAGAUCUGGCAAUCCUCUUGAAAGAAUGGCUACUUCUAGUCUGAAGGACAGUCCUGUAACUGCUAAGAAUGAUCUAGACACAUUAGCUAUGCCACCACCGAGUAUCUAUGGAAAGAGUAAAAUUCGACAGCAGGCAACUCCUGAUGCUGAUCAUAUUUCUAGUAUAACAACACCAAGCACAAGUGAGUUUCAAGCUCCUCAGACUACUGCAGAACUAGACAUCACUGUGCCAAAAGCUUAUCACCACAACAGUGGUUAUACACAAGGCAAUACGAAAGAGUCUCGAAGAAAAUUACCUACAGUCUUCUACAAAUGGAAGGUUAUCCUCAAUGAUCAAGGUCAAUUACUUAUCAAGGGGACCUUAGAGAACAACAGACUCGCUCAUAGCAAGCCUGUGAUUCGGAGACUAACUUCGACAAGUGUAGUAUCAAUAUUAAAGCACACUUAUCGUCUCAAUGGAAACAUUGUCGAUGAUAGACAUGACCUGCCUGAUUAUGUACGUGGUAAAUUUUAUAAUGGUUUUCCUGAAGACUGGGAAAAUGUACAUCAAAUUUGGAGAAGCUUCGUAGCUAAGGGAUGUAAGCCAAAUUUCCGUUGGCCAACUCCAAUAACUGAUAGUGAUGAUGAUCUCAUAAGUGAAGUUACAGAUAUGAUUUUUAUGAGCGAAAGAAACACAAGACAUCCUAACCGAGAGCAAGAACAAUCACAUACAUCAGUUAGACGGAACAGUUUUAACACAUCUACUUCCUAUAAGUCCAAUGCAAGUGUAUUGAAGGAACGUGCAGAUUCUAGAAUUUCCGCAACCCCUACAAUUCCUCUUGCGGAUACUUCAUACGUUGAAAACAGCCUUAACAAAGGAGACGAGUACACAAAGAGCAGCAAUUCAUCAAUUGUUGGAACAACUACAUCUAGUAAACUCGAAGACAAACUAGCUGCUGUUAUCAGUAAUCUGACUGGUCGCAAUUGUUCGCAAGAGUAUAUUGAAAAGGUUACGGUAAUGUUUGAUUGUCUUAAUUACGUUGUAAAUUAUAAUAAGGCGCAUGACGAAAAUCAGUUAGAAAACUUCACGAGGAAUAUAUCGACUACUUCGGCUAAGAAUGAAUCGCAAUGUGAAAAUAAUAGAAUUUCAAUGAUGGCUUCUUCUAUUUCAAACUAUAAAGAGCAGAAUUUGCCUAAUUCAAAAAUGGAUUGUUUGGGUCAUUCUGAAUAUUCCAAUACCGCAGUAUCCCAUUCUAUGAAUGGGCCUGAAGGAAGGAAGGAAGGGCCUGAGCACAGAUCAAAGGAUGCUGGUCAGUGUAAUUCAAAAAGAGAUAUCGAUUCUGAAUCUGAGAGUGAAACUUAUUCAGGCGUACCGCGAAUAUCCGCUGACAAAAUCUUUAGGGCCAGAAACCUGCAAGAGGGACCUUCCAAGCACUACGUUAGAAAGCCGAUUAAAGAUUGUCAUACAACUGGGCAUAAAAGGAUAGACAAGGUCUUGACAGUCGAUUUAGAAAGGACAAAUAAUAUUCCAGCUACAAAUCCUAGUAUCAGCAAAAGUUAUAGUCAAAGCAGAGAUAACAGAAAACUGUCACCCUAUGAUUCCAGUGUCAGUAUACUUGAAAAUCCUAGCGAUUACGAGACUCACAAUCGAGCAAUGUGUCAACCACAUAAACAAAUGACUUCAAAACAUAGGUCUGUAUCAUUGAAUGCAUACCUUAGUGAUAUUGAAAAUGAUUGUGGUAUCUUAAAUGGUCAGGUUUACAGAGGAUCAAAAUCUACACAUAAACCAAACAAAAAAUCAUCACCAAUAGUUGCUCUGAGUGAUGUAGGAUCACGAGAGAGAACACCAGUGCCCACGUUAUGUCAACAACAAAAAAUUAUUUCGUUUCCUAAGGAUCAGAAUCAGGUUGUUCAUGAGGUUCCCGAUAAGGUCUCAGUUGUAACAGCGCCGCGUCAACCGGUUGAAAAAACUCUUCGUGAUAUGGAGAAUAAAAAAAAUCAUAAUUCUAACGUAAAGGAGAACGAAACGUCACCUUCCACGUCACAAAAACAACACAACAUCGUUCCAUCAGGUUCAAAACCGUUAAAAGCACAGAAAACAUUAUCUCCACCAGUGGCAAGUGAACAACCGAUUUCGCCGAGAAAAGCAACGAAUAACUUAAGAGAGAAUACAGAAUUAACCAAAAAGGAUUAUGGGUCGAAAGCUAAUCCUAAGAUACUUGUGGCAUGGACGCCACUCGUUGUCUACAAUUCUGAAUCCGAGUCCAAAUGCGGUUUGGUUUUUGAAGGAAGUUUAUUAAACGAAGCUGGUCAUGUUGUUAACAGGAAAUUUAAUACGGAUCAAAUUUUACGAAGAGUUUCGAGCAAAAUUGUCGAGACAGUGCGUCAUGAAUUUUUUCAGCUAUCAGGAGAUCUCAACGACACUAAGCAUAUCGUUCCCAAGGAGCUGUUAAAGCAUUGCAGAAGUGGCUGCCCGACACAUAUUAAUCAAUUUUGUGAUAAUUGGAAAUCGUUGAAGAUGGAUAAUUUUGUAAAGAAUAUUGAGCCACUGGAUGGUUCCACUUUGAAUGUCUUAAGUAUUUCGACUAGCUCCAGGGGAAGACGAAUCCUACCGCCUUUGAAUUAUUGGAACGGCGAACGUAUUACGUUAAAGGAUAAUAAUGCAGUUUACAGUCCUGGCAAAUCACGAGAUACUUGUGAAUUAUCAAGAAGUACGAAGAGCCGUACGAGUUUUUCCCAAGACUCUCAGGACGAAGGAAAGCAGAAGACCUCUACCCAGGAACGUAACAAUUCUCGUGAGAGUAAAAAAUACCCGGUAACAGAUAUGAAGUAUCAUACUAGAGGCACGGCAGGUCGACUUGCGAAAAAUGAGACGAAGUCGCAAGAUGAUGAAAUGAAAAGAUAUAUUAGGAAGAGACGAAGUAUUGUUCAACAAUUAAAUUUCUCAUCUAGCGACGAGGAAAAGACAAAUUUUACAUCGCGUAGAACAACAAGGUCGAGUACCAAAUCCGGUGGAAUGUCUAAUGGAAAGAAAACUAAUAAUUCUCCAUCUAUUGAAUAUACAGCUGAAAGUUCAUCGCGAAUGAAGACGGACGCGCUUGAAAAUUCUUCGCGAAAAUCGAGAAUGGCGAAGCGACAAAAACUUGAAAAUUCACCAAAAUCUAAACAGUUAUCAAACGAGAUACAGUCUGACGUAUUGCACCGAAACAGACAGAGAUCAACGUCGCGAGGUCGUGAGCAGAAUAUAAUUUGCACGUAUCACGAAAAUGUAUCGCUACAAGACAGCAUGCUGUCAGAUGACGAGAUUUCGCACAUACCAUGAAAUGGAGAAGAUAAAAUCAAAAUUAUACUAUAUAGUUUAAAGGCGUAGCCAUGUUUUAUGACUUGUAAAAUUUCUCUAUGUUAAAAUACAAUGUUUUUAAAAUC